UUUGGUGUGAGGUUUAAAAAUAUUGCAACAAUAAUAAUUGAUCAGAAGCUAAUUGUUUUCGUCAGUCGAUUGUAAUCGGUGACAUCGGUUAGAAAGUGUAGUGAUCAUUGGUGAUCGUAAUUGCAGCUACAGCGAUCAGUAAAAUGCCGAAACGAAAACGAGCUCCCUCACCAAAGUACGAUCUGCUCGAGGAUGGCUUCGAUGAUGAUCUCAGCUCAAAUGAUGACAAACCAGACACCCCGAUACAACGGAAUGCAGCGAACGCACGGGAGCGGGCGCGAAUGCGAGUGUUAUCGAAGGCAUUCUUUAAUCUUAAGCGCAACAUCCCGUGGGUACCGGCGGACACGAAGCUCUCCAAGCUGGACACGUUGCGGUUGGCCAAGAACUACAUCAACUAUCUGGCUGCCACACUCGACGGUCAGUCGGUGGAGGAUUUUUCCUCCAAUCUAGCGCAACCACCAAAGACGGCAUGGCCGUUCAUUUUCCAGCAAGUUCAACCACACCCGGAACCGGCCAAAUCGAAACAACAGCAGCAGCAACCGUCCUUCGGUCCAUCCACUACGCCACCGACACCGAAUGCGGCAAAUGUCGGUCAAAUCUCGGGUGCGGUUGAUCAAAAGUGGAGCGACUACGCAAAGGAUGGCACUUGUCGUGACCCGUCGGCCGGUGUCGGCGGAUCGGAAGAUAUCGAAUCACAAGGAAGCAGCGUAAGCCCUCCGAACCGGCUUCAUCAUCGUACGGGGACAACCACGGGCAGCAGCAUGGUUCGAUUCUCGGAAAGCCAAGCCGUGUCGUCGAGCGGUAUGGAAGGUGUCAACGACUACGACGGGGGUGGUUUUGGGGAGCCAAUGGUUGUCUGUGCUGCGCCGCAACCCCAACACCAACUACAGCGUCAGCAGGUACUCCAUCAACAACACCAUCAGUCUCAUCUACAUCAGCAUCAUCAUCAUCAGCAGCAGCAGCAGCAGCAAUCGCAACAGCAUCAUGAACAUUCGAUGGUGCAACAUCAAGACCAUCAUCAACAUCAUCAUCAUCAUCAUCAUCACCAGCAUCAGCUGCAUCAGCAGUAUGCUGCUGGUAGCUCGAUGACCGGUGGACAAUCGCACAACGGUGGAUGCCACCUCGGGAGUGGCAUACCAGCGUCUUACCAGCGGCAGCAGCACAUGACUUCGAUCGGUGGUGAUUGACGAGACCACCGGACAGAGUUGGGAGGAAGCAGUGCGCUGCGUCGAUGGGAAACACCUGUAUUGUAUUUAGGGGACAUUCUUUUCUGUCUGAUAUGUACCAGAACCAAAGUAUUAAAUUGUAUUGCUAAACUCAUUUUCGGCCCAAAAAUAAAUAUGCAACGAAUGC